GCGCCCCCCCCCCUGCCCCUGCCGCGGCAUCCUGGCAGGGCGACACCAGGACACUAGUGACCCGAGCGUGAAGAUUCAGGGGUGGGAAGGUGUGAGCCGCAAACCCACCGGGGCCCGGGAAAGAAGAGGAGGCCCGGGGGUGGGCAGAGGACUGGGGUCGGGCUGCAGAGGCUGCUCGGCCUCCUGACUGACUGACUAGCCGGCUGGCUGGCUCAUUGGCUGACUUGCUGGUUGGCGGGCUGGCGGCUGGCUAACUGACCGACUGGCUGGUUGAUUGACUGACUGACUGGCUGACUGACCGGCUGGCUGAGUGGCUGACCCGCUGGCUGACUGGCUUGCAGCCUCCGGCCGGACGCUGGAAGCCGCGGCGGGCGGCGCGCAGAGCCGAGCCAUGGCCUCGGGUGAGUACCGAGGUGGAUAUAAUCCCUAUGUAGAAAUAAUUGAACAGCCAAGACAGAGGGGAAUGCGUUUUAGAUACAAAUGUGAAGGGCGAUCAGCAGGCAGCAUUCCUGGGGAGCACAGCACAGACAACAAUCGAACAUAUCCGUCUAUCCAGGUUAUGAACUAUUAUGGGAAAGGAAAAGUGAGAAUUACAUUAGUAACAAAAAAUGACCCAUAUAAGCCUCAUCCUCAUGACUUAGUUGGAAAAGACUGCAGAGAUGGCUACUAUGAAGCAGAAUUUGGACCAGAACGCAGACCUCUGUUUUUUCAAAAUUUGGGUAUUCGGUGUGUAAAGAAAAAAGAAGUGAAAGAAGCUAUUAUUUUAAGAAUAAGUGCAGGAAUCAAUCCUUUCAAUGUCCCUGAACAGCAGCUGCUGGACAUUGAAGACUGCGACCUAAAUGUGGUGAGGCUGUGUUUUCAAGUUUUCCUUCCUGAUGAACAUGGCAACUUGACAACUGCUCUUCCUCCCGUUGUUUCUAACCCAAUUUAUGACAACCGUGCCCCAAAUACUGCAGAAUUAAGGAUUUGUCGUGUAAACAAGAACUGUGGAAGUGUCAGGGGAGGAGAUGAAAUAUUUCUACUUUGUGACAAAGUUCAGAAAGAUGAUAUAGAGGUUCGUUUUGUGUUGAAUGACUGGGAAGCUAAAGGUAUUUUUUCACAAGCUGAUGUACACCGCCAAGUAGCUAUUGUUUUCAAGACUCCUCCGUAUUGCAAAGCUAUAUUGGAGCCUGUGACAGUGAAAAUGCAGCUGCGGAGACCUUCUGACCAGGAAGUCAGUGAAUCUAUGGACUUCAGAUACCUGCCAGAUGAAAAAGAUGCAUAUGGCAAUAAAUCAAAGAGACAAAAAACAACUCUACUUUUUCAGAAACUGCUGCAAGAUUGUGCAGCUAACUUUCCUGAGAAACCAAGAACUGCUCCCCUGGGGUCAAUUGGAGAAGGAAGAUUCAUCAAAAAAGAAUCAAACUUGUUUUCUCAUGGUACACCUAUGCCAGAAAUGCCCAGGCCUUCAGGAGUUUCAAGUCAAACUGAACCCUACUAUUCUUCAUCUGUGCCCAUCUCAAGUGGAUUGCCACAUCACCCACCAGCCAUAGCCUCAGUGGUCUCUCCACCUUCAAGCUGGUCAUCAGUGAGCCACCCCACCUCACGCUCAGCCAAUACAAACACAUUGAGUAGUUUCUCAACAGGAACACUUCCCUCUAAUUCACAAAGUAUCCUUCCGUUCCUAGAAGGGUCUAGUGUGAGUGAUUUAAGUGCUUCUAAUGCUUGCCUUUAUACUGAUGACCUAGCUAGAAUGGAAGCGUUAUCCAUGUCACCAGCUGACUUAUAUGGUAUUUCUGAUGUCAACAUGCUAUCUAAUCGCCCUGUGAAUGUGAUGACAACCAGCAAUGAUAACAUGGGGGACACUGAUAAUCCAAGACUUAUGAGCAUCAAUCUUGAAAAUGCCUCAUGUAAUUCAAGGUUAGACCAAAGAGACCUGAGACAACUACAUCAGAUGUCUUCUGCCAAUAUGUCAGCAGGCACCAGUUCUAAUUCUGUUUUUGUUGCACAGUCAGAUGCAUUUGAUAGAUCAAACUUCAAUUGUGUAGAAAACGGCCUGAUAAAUGAGCCUGGACCAUCAAAUGAUGCAAAUAGUCAUAAUUUUGUUCCGAGCAGUCAAUAUUCAAGUAUUGACACUCUGCAAAGUGAGCAAUUGAGUGAUUCCUUUGCAUAUGGUUUUCUUUAAAUGUAACCUGUAGGAUUUAAAUCUAAAAAAAAACUAUUAAAACUUUAGGUGUAUAGAAUAUAAAGGGAACAUUCAAAAUUAGAAACUUAAAGAGCUGUACUGUUUUUUACUUUGAGAGAUGCCUAAAGUACAUGUGCUUGGUGUGAACUGUUCUUUCAAGUUUCCUCAAGACAAGCUGUGUGUCUUUUGUAAUGUAUUAAUGUACUAGUUAAAUGAAUUGAUAUUUGCUUUCAAGCAGAUUUAAGGUAAAACAUGUAAUGGCUAUGCCAUUGUGAAAUAAACUCAUUAUUGUUGAGGCCCAUAGGCCAAAGUGACCCCUAUGGGGUUUUUGGGGGCUUCUUGGUAUUUUUAGGUAGGUGUGUGUGUGUGUGUGUGUGUGUGUGUGUGUGUGUGUGUGUGAGAGAGAGAGAGAGAGAGAGAGAGAGAUUUCAAGGGAUGGAAGGUUUUUUUUUCUAUUUUCUAUUAUUUAGACUCAUACUUCUAAAGUUACUUAAGAAAUUAGUUGUAUAUCUGUAUUUUCAAGAAAAAGAUAUUUUCUUGAGCCUUUCUGUAUUAGAUUCCCUUAAUAUUACAAGUUCAAGGUCUGCCUGGGCUACAUAGUCAGUUCAAUACCAGCUUUCAGUUUAUGAAAAUCUUGUCUCUAAGAUAAAAAAGGCUAAGGUUGUGACUCAGUGGUAGACUUUGCUUAAUGUUUCCAAGACCUUAUGUUCAACCCCCUGUAGAAGGAAAAAGAAAAAAUAACAAGAUUUAAGUUUUAGGUCAAUAUGUUGAAGCCUGAGUUUUGAACUUAUCCCCUAGACUUGCUUGUCCUUCAGUCUCACCAGCCCUGGAAAUUGUCAUGCCGUGCUUCUAGCUGCUUAGGUAAAAACCUUGAUGUCGCCCUUGAUUCAUCUCCUAAAUCUGUCAAUACAUCAGCAAAUCUAGAAGAUCUUUCCUCAAUAUUUAUUUGAAGUUAACCACCUCUUUUGAACUCUUGGUUGAGACAGGGUUUCACAUCUCUCAAGUUGGCUUCAAACCUGCUAUGUAGUCAAAGAUGGCCUUGACCUUCAGAUUCUCCUGCUUCUGCCUUAGAAGUGCUAGGAUUACAAAUGUGCACCACCACACCAAGUUUAUGUAGUUUCUGGGGUAUCAGUGAUAGGGCUUUGCUUAGAGAAGUGCCUACCAAUUGAGCUCCAUGUCCAGAUCAGACUAAUUGUAGUAAUUUUGUAUUAGUUGGCACUGAUAAACUCAGACACAACAGUUUUCCUCUAAGUUGAACUAAGGUACAUCUACAUCUGUGUUUAGCAUAUUUUCAAAUGGUGUUUUAUUUUUGGGUACUGUUUACUGAUCACAGAACUCAUUUUAUAACUUAAAAUGUGUUCAGCCAUCUUUUCCCCCUUUCUCCCUAAUUGCAUUUGUAUUUCACUUGGUUUUGAGGGAAUGGGCCUUCCUACCCAAACUCCACCUUGUGCACUACAUCUUUCCUCCAUUGCCAGUGUCCUUAUGUCCCUACUUAGUUCAUGAUUUCAUUGUGUAAACAGAACAAAUAUCUUUUUGGGAUUAAAAGGAAAGGGUGAAAACAUCCCCCAAAGUAACAAACCCUACCCAUACCAUGCCCCUUCUUUUCACUCCUUAACUUUAAAGCACUGUGCCUCUGUCCUGUCACCUCUGUGUCCCUCCUUCCCUUGUCCAUCUCUUGGUUUAGUUCCCAUCCCUUGUCAAGUCCCAGGUCUUUUUGAUCAGUGUUCCUCUACAUGUCUUCCCUGUCCACAAUCUGUUAUCAGUUGACUAAGUGUGUCUGUGAUGGACAGGGUCCUCUUGCUUCCUCACCCAGAUCUCUAGGGCUGUGUGUAGUCUCACCAGUACCAGUGUUAACUUCGUUCUCUCCUGCUACCAUAAUGCUCAUGUAAUCUGCCUUCUCUUACACUCUACUUUCCUAAUGGCAUUGCUGCUGACACCAGAGAUAAUUUAAUGGAAACCUCAGAGUCAUCUUUGAUUGCCUUCUUCAAUAGUCCUUUUGAGUCUGCCUACUAAAGUCCUUUGCAUCUGUCUCUUCUGUUACUAGAAAAGUUUUCAUUCUUUUUCUCCAAUGGAUAUCUUUUCCAUAUGCUCAAGAUUUUUUUUUUAAAUAGCCCUUUCCUCUUAUACUUUGUAGUUGGAGCAUGUUACUUUCCCCCUCAGGUCUCCAUAAAUGUAACCCACUCUGUCUCUGCUCCUAACAUUUUUACCUUUAACAGAUUCUCUGCAGGGUUUGGUCCUGCUGCCUCAGCUGAGGUGUAGCAUAUCGGCAACUCCAGCACUUGACAUAGACUCUGGCAUAACUGGUGCAAAAUAGAUGGUAGCUAUUUGUUAGAGAGAGGAAGAUGAUUAUAAAAUCAUAUUUGGGCGGGCAUUGGUGGCGCACGCCUUUAAUCCCAGCACUUGGGAGGCAGAGGCAGGUGGAUCUCUGUGAGUUCGAGGCCAGCCUGGUCUCCAGAGUGAGUGCCAGGAUAGGCUCCAAAGCUACAUAGUUUUUAAUGGGAAAGGUGCUUAACCUCAAAGGGAAAGUAGUGAUGCCAAGAUGGCCUGUCUUGUGAGACACACUUCUCUUCUGGCCAGCUGUCUCCCUCUUAAAAAAAUAUGCAAAGAUUGGCCCAUAGAUUCAUGGUACAGCACAGCCCUAUAUUUGAUAUCUAGAAUUGUAACAACAACAACAAAAUUAAUUACAAAAGUCUAAAUACCACCCUGAGGCCCUUUGAGACCCAAAGCAGCUCUCUUGGAAAUCGUAGCACCAAUAGUGCUCAGUAGAGAUUCUGCCUCUGUUUGUGGCAGGUUAGAUCUCAAGUACCCCUGAGGUACCUACACCUUGGUAGGUUAUCCUGCACAGACAUGUCAGUAGCCAGUAUUAAUGUAAUAAAUCAUGACAUUUUGUUACCGUAUAUUAUACAGUGUACCAUGUUCUGUAGAAAACCAGAGGUGAGAGAUUCUAUUCUUGUUCUCAAAGAUAUUUGUUGUCUCAUGAGGAGUCACACAUACAGUCAGCCACAUGAAUAUGGACACGCUUUAAGGUAUAGUUUGGAGAACUUUUACUUAUAUAAAAACCAUGUAACCACCAUGUUUAGGACCCCAGGCUCCCAUCAGUCCCUCCAAAUUACUACUCUGGCUCUUGUCAUCAGAGCCUGCUGAGUUACUGUCCUAACAGCCUUUACUUGGCUAAUUGAUUCCCUAUUAAAAAGUCUGGUGUACAGAGUAGCUGGGUUGUCAUUUCGUCUUAAUAUGCUUUGGCAUGUUUUGACAGACUCAGAAAAACUAUUUCCCAUGGUCAGACUUGGAUUUGGUGAUACAGGCUGUCUACUUGCAUCCUUUUUAUGUUUUAAUCAUAAAUUGAUAUAUUGAUAAAUUAUCAUAAGCUGUCAGACAGCAUGGAAAAAUAUAAAGAAGAGAGACUGUUUUUAGUCAGUUAGACUAGAUGGCUGUGGUGUUACUGGCUUGUAAUCACAGAUACUCAGGCAGAAAGACCACAAAUUCAAGGCCUGCCCAGUCUGCCGAGUGAGUUCAAGGGAACAACCUGUGAGCACCCAUCUAAAAAAAAAAAAGGUGCUAGAAUGUAGUUCAAUGGUAGAACAGCUAGCAUGUACAGUCCUAGAUUCAGUGUCCACUCCCAGAAAAACAAAAACCUGGCUCUUGCCUUUCCCGGGCUGUGUUUUGUACUAACUAAUGUCUGGGAAGAAACACUGUAAAUUACGAAGUGUGAACCAAAGACAGCAAACCAACAGCUGUGUUUCUCACAUGGCCCCAAUUAGCCUACUGUCCAGACAUUCCUAGUCAUUCAAUAUCCAGCAGACAAAACUCAUCAGGGAGUACUUAGGGAGAACUAUGAUCUGGGUUUCUCUUUAGACUAAUGUCUACAUUGCCAGACGUGGAGAUGCUUCUUUGGGCCUUACUCUCUCAGAGUACUCUUCUUAUUGAGGGAAAUAUCAGUUACUGGCUUUACUUUUGAAAGUUGUGACUCUUGAUUUCUACGUAAAAGUUGAGCUUUUAAAUGGGAGUGCUUUGACUUAGGAAGCUGCCUCUGCAAGGUGUCAGUUUUGUUUUCAGAGGCUGGAUGUGCAAAGAGGCUAGAAUGCUUUUGUAUCCUAUGUGUGGAAAAACCCAGCAGUGUGCUGAGGGACGAGAUGAAAGCAUCUCUCAGGUUUAUCCAGGUCCAUCCCUUUAAAACAUAAGAGUCACAUGAAUAUUUGAACUGAACAUCAAGGCAGAAUUUACAGCAUAAGGUCAACAAUGGAUAAGGUCAAAUCUCAAAAGUAAUAUCUAAUUGCAAAAAUACCAAAAACCUACUCAUGUCCUCACCAUCUUUUUGUCAUGUUUUGUUUUUUAUUUUUAUUUUAUUUUUGGUUUUUCAAAACAGGGUUUCUCUGUGUAAUAGCUCUGGCCAUCCUGGAAUUCACUCUGUAGACCAGGCUGGCCUCAAACUCACAGAGAUUCACCUAUUGAUAGUACAGUGGUUAGUACUCUGCAUUGUGUUCCACCAUCUUUUUUUAAUAGACAAGAUGUAACUUUUUAAUAAAUAACCAUGCUCUUCUAAGCAUGGCCCUAGGGCAUUUGCCUCCUGUCACCAGUUAUUUAAUGGGGUAAUGACUCUUAGUGUAUGCAGGCUUGUCUUUUGGUUUGCUUUUUUUGUUUUGUUUUUGUUUUUUGAGACAGGAGACAGUACCCUGACUGGCCUGGAACUCACAGAAGUCUACCAGCUUCUACCUCCCAAAUAUCUCUAGAGUUGUUUAAGAUUUUGGACCUUCAAAGAAUCACUGACAAAAUUCAUUGAAUACUUUGAGUUCAUAAUAAUGUAACAGUUUUUAGAGCUAUUAGCAAAUAUGUAAAUUUUUGGUAAAAUACCAAAUUCAUUUUGUGUCAUUUUCUUAAGCUUUUAAGCCAAAAUACGACUUCCCAUGAGAUGGAGUAAGAUAAGGUUGGAGUACUUCAGGAUAACUGUGUGACAUUCAGUCAUCACUAGACUUCUUUGCUCUAGUGAACCAGCCAUGCUGAUUCAUGCCUGUAGCUUCAACACCUGGGGGCUGUGGCAGGAAGUAUGCUUGAGGGUAGGACUCCAAGAUCAGCCUAGGCAAACUGGAGACCUCAAUCAACAGUCACCAAUCAAAGCACUAUAAAAUGCUAUUGGCCAUGGUUAAUAGAUCCCAACAAAAUAGUGAAACGUGUUGUUGUUGUCGUUUUGACCUUGAAUUUAGUAUCUACCUGCCUCUUCCUUCCAAGUACUGGGAUUAUAGGCAUAUGUCACCACAUUGCACCUGUUUUAAAAUAGAUUUGAGGGGAAGGGAGGGGGCUAUCAUACUGAAAUUGAACCCAGGGUUUCAUACAGUCUGGGCAAAUGCUCUAUCACUGAGAUGUCUGCAUUUGAAACUUGAUGAUAAAUGAAUUUUAAGGCACUGAUGAAAUUAUUUUUUAAAGUUCUCAGAUACUGUUUCCUAAGAAGUUAAGCUUUGUAUCAAGAUGAAAUAUUUUUUAAAAUGUCAAGAUGCCUUUUAUUGUACAAAAUAUUGUGUUAUUUUUGUAAUAUCUUUGUAUACUGUGAUUUUUUUCUUGGUGAUGUAAUAAAUUGUUUUCUAAAAUCUUG